UAAAACCUUCCCUCUUUCGCUUCUCUUUUGCGAACCCUUUUUUCUUCUGUCUGCGCGUUUCGUAUCUUCGACGCCGCCAGCUAAGUAUUUUUCUCUUAUCCUGUUUCUUCUCUGGAUAUCUCCGCCAACGCUUUUUCUGAUCUGUGCUCUUCGUUUUGGAUCUUCAGAUCUGAUCCAGAUUUAGGGCUUUUGUGUUUGAGAUUUUCGUCUGGAAUUUUUAUUGUCUCCGUUUCUUCGAUUUAGGGUUAGAAAUUGGGGGUUUUCAGAAAAAAGAACCAAUGAUUCUUGAUUUUCGAUGAAUUACGCUAUCCUUAUGUGUCGAAUUCGAAUUCUGCACUCUUUCUCGGUUGUGUUUCUCUACUGGUUCUACCAUAUUCUGUGAUUCCUAUUUGUCUCUGGCAAUUCAAAUUAUUUCGAUUAGUUUUAAUUAACGAUUUAAGGAUAUAGAAUCCGAUAUAUUAAGUAAAAGAGAAUUUGAGGAAGAACGGCUGGAAAUGGCAUCCAAGCAAAGGCCAGCAACCAGCUCCGGAUCCGACAGCGAUCCUCGUUACGCAAUGUUCGAUGAAAGGAAGAGGAAGAGGAUGAUCUCGAACCGUGAAUCGGCAAGACGUUCACGAAUGAGGAAGCAGAAGCAGCUGGAGGAUGGGAUCAAUGAAGUGAGCCAGUUGCAGAACGAGAUCAAUAAACUCACACAGACCAUCAAUACUACCACACAACGGUACGUGGAGAUAGAGUCCGCCAACAACAUUUUGAGGGCUCAAGCGAUGGAAUUGACUGAUCGGCUGCGGUCCCUGAAUUCAGUGCUGCAUAUUGCGGAGGAAGUCAGCGGGAUGGCCCUAGACAUUCCGGAGAUUCCUGAUCCUCUGCCUAACCCAUGGCAGGUUCCUUGCCCACUACAGCCCAUUAUGGCCUCUGCUGAAAUGUUCCAGUAUUGAUGAUUGGUCAUACUCAUUGUUCUUGCCUCUUGGAAGGAAGGAGUAUUGCUGUCUUUUUCUUCUUCUUUUUUUGUCUCUGUCAGAGUGCUUUUGUAGGAGUUAUGCUUCCCAUUUAAGUUGCUUUAUGUUGUCUAUAAAGUCAAGUCAAAGCUCACCAUUCUUCACAAGACAUGGUGGAUUUGGUUUUUUUCUAUCAAUGUUUACAACUUGGGUUUUGGUUUUGGUUUUUAUUGAUCUGUUCCUGAUCUCUGCAUAUUUGCUGUUGUUUUGAAUGGAUUCAGCAUGCUUGUGAUAUACGUGGUGGGUUUGAAUUAUCUGGAUGUCUAUUUGGCGUUGGUUCACAUUGGAGACCAGCGAUUGUUUAAAGGGAAAUGUUAAAGAA